CUUGUGUUCGUUAUAAUGAUUUCACUCGUAUUAACUUUUUGUGCCUUAUUAUUUUUAGUCAUUUAUUUUAUUGGUAAAAACAACGAAGUCUAUUGGAAUAAACGAAAUGUGGCUUUUUAUACGAAAAAUAAAGUAACAGGAAUUAUGUGGGAUUUCUUAACGAAAGACACUCCACUUUUCAAAACUGUAUGUGAAGUAUAUAAAGAGUAUCGGAACGAACCUGCUGUUGGUAUAGGAUCGUUUUUAACACCGUCCUUGUAUGUGAUCGAUUUAAAUAAUGUUCAACAUAUAUUAGCAUCAGAUUUUCACUCCUUUCAUUACAGAGGAUUGGAUACCAACAAAAACGACCUUCUUGCAGAUAAUGUUUUGUUUAUGAAAGGAAAUAGGUGGAAACUAAUGCGACAAAAUAUGACACCGCUGUUUACUCCUACAAAAUUAAAAGCCAUGUUCUAUAUUGUAGAUAAAAGUGCUAGGGAUUUCGUUAUUCAUCUGGAAAACAAUCCAAUGCUUCUUAAAGGAUUUACUAUGUUUCAUGACCAUGAAAAGUUUUUUAUUAAUACGAUAAAACAGGUAUUAAGAGAACGUAAAAGCUCUAAUGUAAAAAAACACGAUUUUGUUGAUUUGUGUGUUAAUAUACAAAACUCUGGGGACCUAUUAGAUAAAGAAACAGGAUACAAAAUCUCCCCAACUGAUGAAAUUUUGGCUGCUCAAGCUUUUUUCUUCUUUGUCGGCGGAGUUGAACCAACAACAUCAGCAAUUUUUACAACUCUCGUGGAACUUGGAAAAAAUCCCAAGAUUUUGGAGCGACUCCAAGAUGAAAUUGACGAGACAUUUAGGAAAAACAAUAAUGAACUCUCUUAUGAAUUAGUAAUGAAUAUGAUUUAUCUUGAUAUGGUGUUAAGUGAGGCUUUAAGAAUGCAUCCACCAAUAGCUUUUUUGAUGAGACGUUGUGUACGAGAGAGUGUUCUUCCUGUAGGUAAUAUUAAAAUCGAGAACGGUACGAAGAUAUUUAUUCCACUCUAUGAGAGGCAUCAUGAUGAAAAACAUUUCCCGGAACCAGAACUAUUUAAUCCUGAAAGAUUUUCCCCAGAAAAUAGACAUAAAAUAAAUGAUUUGACUUAUACACCAUUUGGCAAGGGUAAUAGGCAAUGUAUUGGAACAAGAUUUGCUUUGUUACAAACGAAAACAGGAUUAAUUCAUUUGCUCCAUAACUUCUCAGUCAAAACUCUUAUAAAAGACGGUGGAAUAAAACACCGCCGUGAGCAACUUCAAGUAAGAUUGGAUAAUGUCGAUCUGGAAUUUAUCUCAAGGGCUAAAAAGAUAUAAUAUUCGGAGUAUUUAAGGAAUUAUAAUAUUAUUGUAACUAUGAAGUAUGUUUAGUAGGUAUUUUACUUAUGAUAGUAGUAGAAGGAGAAAAAUAGAAAUAGUUUGUUGGAGCCUUUAAGAGAUUUGAAGAAUCUUUCGUAGUUAUAAAAAGUAAAUACUUUUUUGUUAUAUCGUUAUUGUGUGUUUACCCUACAUUGACUUAAAAUUGUAUUAACUACAGUGCAUAUUAAAUAUAUUAUUCAAAAAUA